AUGAACGAACUAGCACCGCAGGGCGUCGAGCCCUUUUCGAUUCGACACGAUCGAUUUCGGAACAUUUUAAAAACGUCUGAUUGGGAUGAAUUCACCAAGUCGACAGACGACAAACAGAAAAUACAGUUCGUGUACGAACGACUGUACGCCGGCGGACAGGUUUCCGGUGGCUGUCAAAAUACCAAAGACGAGCCGGCGAGCUACAAAAACGGAGAAAAGUCUAUGGAAAUGAAAAAGUCCGGGACUGAUUAUUUUCAGAAGUCGGACUAUCGAAAUGCGUUGAACUGGUAUUCUUUAGCUGUGCUCCACUGUCCCCAAACCAAAGAUUGGAGAAUACAACUAUCGAUCAUCUACGCCAAUCGAUCGGCGUGUCUGUAUCAUUUAAAAAAUUACGACCUGGCCAUUUCGGACGUACAGCGGGCGCUCGACAACGGAUAUCCCAAGGAUCUGCGAUAUAAAGUGUACGAUAGGAAAGCACGGUGUCUGUUAGCCACGAAACAGUUGAAAUUGGCGGUAGAGUCGUUUAGGACAACCAUGCGGUCUCUGGACGAUUCGAAUUUGUCUCCGGACGAACGGCGCAAACGACAACUGAACAUUCAGACCAUGCUGACGAUGAUGAUUAAGGACACGCACACUAAGAACGGCAUUAUGGAGAACGGUACAACGGAACCGGAGGAACCGGAAGUGUACGGUGGACGGAAUGAAGUGUAUCCGGCGUUCAGCAACGCAGUAUCCGUCGAAUACAAUGAGACUGAAGGAAGACACGCUGUAGCCGGAAGCGACGUGCCCGUCGGAAAAGUGCUACUGGCUGAACGCGCCUACGCCUCAGUCCUACUCCGCGAGUACAGUCAUUCGCAUUGCACCAACUGUUUCGUCAGGCUGGUGGCGCCUUUGCCGUGUCCGGAUUGCGAAAGAGUGGCAUUUUGCGGCGAGUCUUGCAAAAGAAGCGCCUUAGAGUCGUAUCAUGCGGUAGAAUGUUCGAUGUUGCCUGCGCUCUUCUCAGCCGGCGUUUCUAUUACGUGCUUGAUCGCACUUCGAAUAAUCACACAACGGCCGUUGAAGUAUUUCAUUGACCUACGACCAAAGUUGUUGAACCGUACCCAGAGACCACGUGGUAAACACGAACCCGACAACUACGUCAACUUGUACGACUUGGUCACACAUCGGGAGACGAGAUCUGUACAGGACAUUUUACACAGAACGCACGUGGCUGCUUUUUACUUGUCCUGUUUGAAAAAGACAAACUAUUUCGCUUCAGGCUGCAACACGGACAGUCGACCGACCGAUGACGAGUUAUUCAUCGGAAGUCUAUUGUUACAUCAUCUGCUUCUGCUCCAAUUUAACGCUUUCGAAGUGUCCGAACUCCGACAACUUGGCAACGAGCAAGAGACAGUGUUCAUCGGUGGCUCCGUUUACCCGACCCUAGCUUUGCUGAAUCACUCUUGCGACCCAUGUGUUGUCAGGUAUCACCGAGGAACAACGGUCGUGGUGCACAACAUCCGCGAAUUACAUGCUGGAGAAGCGAUUACAGAAAAUUAUGGUCCAAUGUUUAUGUUCCACCCAAAAGAAGAGCGACAACAGACACUUAUAAACAGGUAUUGGUUUGAAUGUAAUUGUGUUGCCUGCUGUCAAGAUUGGCCAACUUCAGAACAAAUGAAGACAAAUACAUCACUCAGGAUCAGGUGUAUACAUUGCAAAAAUGCAAUAACAGUGACAACAGAAUCAAUGGAGUUUGCAGUCCGUUGUAUGGUUUGUUCAAAAACUACUAACCUGUUACCAGUUUUAAAAGUUUUACAGGAUACAGAGAAUAAAUACUCGGUUGCCAAACGGUUGAUGGAUAAGCACAAUUAUGAAAAGGCUUUAUCAGAGUUCAUAGCACUUUUAUCAUUACUACAUAAGCACAUGGUGCCACCUUUCAGAGACUACCAUCUAUGCCAGCAAGGAAUAAGACAGUGUAUGUUGACAUUUGGAAAUCAAUUAAACUAA